AUGACCUGGAUCUCCUGCUGCUCGACCGCGAUCGCUGGAUAUUCAGCGGGCGAGAUCAGUCCAGCAUCAGCCGAGCUGACCAAGAAAUGGGGGAUCAGUGAGGUUGUAUACAAUCUGGGCGUCACCGUCUUCUGCGUAGGCUUUGCUCUGGCUCCGAUGGUGCUGGCACCAUUUUCAGAAAUCAAUGGAAGGCGACCGGUGUUCAUCGGAAGUGGCAUUGUGUUUACCGCUUGUAUGGUGGCUUGUGGAGGAACACGUUCCUUUGCAGGGCUCCUCGUUGCCCGUCUAUUCCAGGGCGUCGGUGCAUCAUCAUUCGCCACCAUGGUAGGCGGCGUCAUCAGCGAUUUCUACGAAGCAGAGGAUCGAAACACGCCGAUGGCCAUGUUCUCUGGGGCUGCCAUCUUCGGCACUGGCCUCGCACCGCUGAUCUCGAGUGUCAUUGUCCACCACACCAACUGGCGCUGGAUCUACUAUUCCCAUGCCUUUGUGGCUGGUGCCUUUGUCAUUCUCAUCGUUCUCUGCUUCAAAGAGACGCGUGGCAGUGUUCUUCUCAGCAAGAAAGCCUAUGUCCUGAACCGAUACUACGAACGCCUCGAGAUGGCAGGGCACUUUGGCGUCAUCACCAAAGGCAAAGAAAUCCAGCGCAUCCGAUGGAAGGUUCAAAGCGACGAGGAUCGAAGCUCUCUCGUCCAGAUGGUUGGUGUCUCGUGCUACCGCCCUUUCCGCAUGCUCGUCACCGAACCAGUCGUCUUCUUCUUCUCGCUCUGGGCCGCCUUCAGCUGGGCUGUUCUCUAUCUGCAGUUCAGCUCUGUCCCGUUGGUGUUUCGCACUAAUCAUGGCUUCAACAUUCAGGAAAGCGGGGCGGUCUACACGGCAAUCUGUGUGGGAGUCAUCAUCAUCACCGUCGCCAGCAUCUACCAGGAGAAGGUUGCCGCUCACUUUGGGAUCCUGCCCAAAACAGCCGAGGCCAGACUGUACUUUGUCUGUGGAGAGGCAGUUCUCAUGCCCAUCGGCCUAUUCUGGUUUGGAUGGACUUCGUCUCCCUCGAUUCACUGGAUUGUGCCUACACUCGGCCUGGGAUGCGCCACGAUGGGCAUCUUCUCGGUGUAUCUGGCCGUGUUCAACUAUCUCGCUGAUACAUACCAUCGCUAUGCGAGCUCUGCCAUUGCCGCGCAGUCUUGCUGCCGGAAUCUGCUUGGUGGUGUCUUUCUGCUUGUUGCCAAUCCGAUGUUUAUCAAACUCGGCUUUCCUGGUGCGUCCAGUCUUCUUGGAGGGAUUGGCACUCUUCUUACCCUGGUUCCAUGGGUUUUGGUCUUGUAUGGACCACGAAUUCGCGCAAACAGUAAAUUAGCAAGCGAACUCGCUUGUUAAAAUAGAAGAUAAUAUAAUCGAUGGAGGAUAAUAAUUACUUCAUGUACUUUACUGGAUGUCACAUAGCCAUGUAUAGAACAAUUUAUAACAUGUUAACAAUACC